UGAGUCUGCAAUGCAUUGUCCUAUUUUCUUUCUUAUUUUAGGAACAGGAGCACAGAGGUAAUGAUUGGGGGAAGAAAUAUUACCAAGAUCACCCAGUUCAUCCUCUUGGGAUUCUCAGAUUUCCCCCAAAUCACAACACUGCUCUUUGUUAUAUUCCUCACAUUUUACAUUACAGCGCUGACCUGGAACCUGUCCCUUCUUGCUUUAAUAAGGAUGGAUUCCCACCUCCACACACCAAUGUAUUUCUUCCUCAGUAAUCUGUCCUUUAUAGACCUCUGCUACAUCACCUCUACAGUACCAAAGAUGCUUUCCAACUUCUUUCAGAAAAACCAAACAAUCAGUUUUGUGGGCUGCAUAGUUCAGUACUUCAUUUUUUCCAUUAUGGCACUGUGUGAAUGUUGUCUCAUGACAGCCAUGGCCUAUGACAGGUAUGCUGCCAUUUGUAACCCACUACUCUAUUCAUCAAUCAUGUCACCCACCCUGUGUGCUCGCAUGGUGAUGGGAAGCUACACAGCAGGGCUUAUAGGUUCUUUAUCUCAGGUAUGUGUCUUGCUGCAGCUCCACUUCUGUGGCCCUAAUGUCAUCAGACAUUUCUUUUGUGACAUAUCACAGAUGUUAAAUCUGUCUUGCACAGACACCUCCUUUGCACAGGUCCUGCUUGCUUUAUUAACACUGUUGUUUGGACUUGCAAAUGCCUUAGCCAUCAUGGUAUCUUAUGGCUUUAUUGUCGUGUCCAUCAUGAAGAUCACUUCAGCUAAGGGCAGGUCUAAGGCAUUUAACACCUGUGCUUCUCACCUGGCAGCUGUUUUCCUUUUCUAUAGUUCUGGUAUCUUUGUCUAUUUGCGUUCCAGCUCUGGUGGCUCCUCCAGCUUGGACAGAUUUGCAUCUGUCUUCUACUCUGUGGUGAUUCCCAUGCUGAAUCCUUUGAUAUACAGUCUGAGGAACAAAGAAAUCAAAGAUGCCAUGAAGAGGUUGCAGAAAAAGACAAUCUUUAGCCAAGGUCACAGAUAAGAUUUCAACACAAUGCCAUGUCAGAGUUUCUGUUAUUUGCAAUUAUGUACACAUUACUGGAACACUACAAAGUCCAUGGCACUUUGGAUAAAUGUGUCUUUGAAGUAGACAACAUGCCAAUAUAAACCAACAAUUGAUUUGAUGUCAUGGAAAUGCGUCAUUUUUAGGACCAGUUUGGUCAUAAUUUCCUU